UUCCUUCCUUCCCUUUUCCCUUUCUCUCUCAUCUAUAGCCCUUUCUCUUUGAGCUACAACUCAUUCUCUUUCCCAAUGUUCUAUUCUGAAGAAGAAGCUGUCCGGUUUCGUAGGCCGGUUCAGGAAUCUGGGUUCACACCGGCCGAAAUCCAGGAGCUUUGGUCUCUGCUCGAAGAUCCAGCCAGAUCAAACUCGGGUUCGCAAGACUCGAGCCAAGCGGUCUCUUUGAUUGACGAUGAGAGGAGACGAAGGAGAAGGAUAUCGAACCGAGAGUCAGCGAGGCGGUUGAGGUUGCGGAAGAAGAGGCAUUUGGAGAAUCUAGGGGUUCAAACGGACCGGCUGAAGGUGAAGAACCAGGAGCUGAAAAGCCAGCUGAACUUAGUGUUGAGCCGUUAUUGUAUGGUACGAAGACAAAAUGAGAGACUGUGGUCGGAAUUUGUGGCACUUCAUGCUCGGCUGUCGGACCUUUACCGGAUUUCUGUUCCCAUGCAGGAGAGGGAGAAUUCAUGCAUGCAAAUAUCUUUCAAUUAUUACUCUUAACAAAAAAAUGAGGAAAUUUCUUCAUGAGAAUGAAAUAAUAAAUGUCACUUAGGAUAUUUAUAUUUUUAUUAGUCUUUGAUGGGUAUUUCAAAUUCUAAUGUGACAUGGCAAUGUAAUAUAUAUU